CAGCCACGCGCGCACGUGCGCGCCGGGCGACUGCGGGGUCCGGAGACUUCUAGCAGGGGCUCGCCCAUGCAGGCCUCUGGGGGCCCGCGCCGCCCACACUGCUCUCCGGCCACCAUGGUGGCCCUGCGGCCCGUGGGGUUCCUCCAGGGGGGCUAAGAGGGCCGGAGCGCGGGCCUCGGGCGCGAGGGGUCCCGGGCAGUCUUCCCGCACCAUGGCCGGGGCCAUCGCCUCCCGCAUGAGCUUCAGCUCGCUCAAGAGGAAGCAGCCCAAGACCUUCACCGUGCGGAUCGUCACCAUGGACGCCGAGAUGGAGUUCAAUUGCGAGAUGAAGUGGAAAGGGAAGGACCUGUUUGAUUUGGUGUGCCGGACGCUGGGGCUUCGGGAAACCUGGUUCUUUGGACUGCAGUACACAAUCAAGGACACCGUGGCCUGGCUCAAAAUGGACAAGAAGGUGCUGGAUCAUGACGUCUCAAAGGAAGAGCCAGUCACCUUUCACUUCCUGGCUAAAUUUUAUCCUGAGAAUGCUGAGGAAGAGCUGGUUCAGGAGAUCACGCAGCAUUUAUUCUUCUUGCAGGUGAAGAAGCAGAUUUUAGACGAAAAGAUCUACUGUCCUCCUGAGGCUUCUGUGCUUCUGGCUUCUUAUGCCGUCCAGGCCAAGUAUGGUGACUAUGACCCCUCUGUUCACAAACGUGGAUUUUUGGCCCAAGAAGAAUUGCUUCCCAAGAGGGUAAUAAAUCUGUAUCAAAUGACUCCAGAAAUGUGGGAGGAGAGAAUUACAGCAUGGUACGCAGAGCACCGAGGCCGGGCCAGGGAUGAAGCAGAGAUGGAAUACUUGAAGAUAGCUCAGGACCUGGAGAUGUAUGGCGUGAACUACUUUGCAAUCCGGAAUAAAAAGGGCACAGAGUUGCUUCUUGGAGUGGAUGCUCUGGGGCUACACAUCUAUGACCCUGAAAACAGGCUGACCCCCAAGAUCUCUUUCCCAUGGAAUGAAAUCCGGAACAUCUCCUACAGCGACAAGGAGUUUACUAUUAAACCAUUGGAUAAGAAAAUUGAUGUUUUCAAAUUUAACUCUUCAAAGCUCCGUGUUAAUAAGCUGAUUCUCCAGCUCUGUAUUGGGAACCACGAUCUUUUUAUGAGGAGAAGGAAAGCUGAUUCUUUGGAAGUUCAGCAGAUGAAGGCCCAGGCCAGGGAGGAGAAGGCUAGGAAGCAGAUGGAGCGGCAGCGCCUGGCCCGAGAGAAGCAGAUGAGGGAGGAGGCUGAGCGCACGAGGGACGAGUUGGAGCGGCGGCUGCUGCAGAUGAAGGAGGAAGCAACAAUGGCCAAUGAAGCCCUGAUGCGGUCAGAGGAAACGGCUGAUCUGUUGGCGGAAAAGGCCCAGAUCACCGAGGAGGAGGCAAAACUCCUGGCUCAGAAGGCUGCGGAGGCCGAACAGGAAAUGCAGCGCAUCAAAGCCACAGCCAUUAGGACGGAGGAGGAAAAGCGCCUGAUGGAACAGAAGGUUCUGGAGGCCGAGGUGCUAGCACUGAAGAUGGCCGAAGAGUCAGAGAGAAGGGCCAAGGAGGCGGACCAGCUGAAGCAAGACCUGCAGGAAGCUCGUGAAGCAGAGCGAAGAGCCAAGCAGAAGCUGCUGGAAAUUACCACCAAGCCCACAUACCCGCCCAUGAACCCAAUCCCAGCACCAUUGCCUCCUGACAUACCAAGCUUCAACCUCAUUGGUGACAGCCUGUCUUUCGACUUCAAAGAUACUGACAUGAAAAGACUUUCCAUGGAGAUCGAGAAAGAAAAAGUGGAGUACAUGGAGAAGAGCAAGCAUUUGCAGGAGCAGCUCAAUGAACUCAAGACAGAGAUUGAGGCCUUGAAGCUCAAAGAGAGAGAGACUGCCUUGGAUAUUCUGCACAAUGAGAACUCUGACCGGGGCGGCACCAGCAGCAAGCACAAUACCAUUAAAAAGCCUCAAGCCCAAGGCAGAAGACCUAUCUGCAUUUGAAUCCUCAAACUCACCUUGCAGAGUGCCAAGUCCCGCGUAGCCUUCUUUGAGGAGCUCUGACCAGUACCUACCACCCUGUCUGCUGCUCCCAACACCCAUAGGAUGGCUCCGGGCACCCCACCAUCUGCCGGAAAACUGG